ACCUAACCUAAGGUGCCCUCCGCUUGGCUCCCCUCCGUGGCGCCCAUGCAACGUUGGACUGCUUGGCUGCCACUGCCAGUGCUCACUGACGGGAAACCGAAAUCCUUCUUUAGGUACAGUAGGCGCCGCUGCCCACCAUCCACUGUUGCUCUCUCUUCUUCUCUCACAUAUAAACAACAAAACACCAGAUCUGCCCAUAUUGGUACAUCUAUAUCUAUACCUCCAAUACUCACGAUACUUGGGGCAUCUUUAUUACACUGCUGUCGUCACACUCACACUGCCGUCCUUCGCCUUUUGGCUCGUUCGCCCCGCUUUCUGGCGCGCUACUCAGCUCAGUCUCACUUUUUUCGGCUCCCUCUAUAACCCUCCCAGCCGCGCCCGACGGGGCCAAACUCUCUCCCUACUCUCGGACAGACGCCGCUACCCGUGAGCAGCAAACACAUAAAGUACCUGGCGUCCCCCCUCGACGUCGCCUGGUCCUUUUGGUCAUGUUGGAACCCCAGGCCAUGAGAGGGCCUAUCGACCAGACAGUCGGCUACGGACAUUCUCGAACACGAACCAUUUCCUCAACUGCCUUUCCCAUGCAAUUUCAAACAUCUCACCUUGCCCAACCGGGCCCCAAUCUCUCACAGAACCGUCGCUCACCUUCUGUAAAUACUUUCAGCACCGCCUCGAGCAUCCCUCCUCCUGCCGCCUACCGUUCUUCCUCACAAUCCGAGCUUCGUCGCUCUACAUCUAGCCGCUCAGGCGGAGCCAGCAGCCAACCCUCCAGCUAUGUCGCUCUUCUCCGGAAACAAAAGGGUACCGUGUGGUGUGAUCGCUCCCAGUAUGAAGACCCACGACUGCUAGCACAACAACGAGCUGCAAAGAUGCGAGCAACUCUCGAGGUCGUUGGUGGAUCACGCAGUGCUUCCGGUGGAGCCGGAGCAAGAACAAGCACCGGCCUCAGUACUACAAAUAAGGUCGCCGCUAAGAUCCCCAAGAUUCGACAUCACGGAAAGAACUCAGUCGUCGGUUACGCUCCUGGCGAGAACCACGUUGGUGUUGGCGGUGUGCCAAUGCGACUUAGCGCUACUGAAGUUGAGGCUGAGAGCAGCGAAGACGAAAAUGCCGGAAACCGCCCUCACCACCGUAGAACGGGGAGCAGCGGACGAAGCAGCACUACCAGCAGCCGCCGAAACCUUGCCUACCGUACAUCAGGAGGCAUGGGCAGCCAGCAUAGCCGAAGGUGGAGUCCUGGUGACACACCUGAACGUACCGGCAGCUUGGUGGAGGCUACACCUGAAGACAUUGUCGAUGACGCUGCCAGCGGCAAGGCUCGCAGCAUGGCGAGUGGCAGCAGUGGUGAACGCGCCGACAAUGUGGGAGAGUUAAGCAAUGCACCUAGAUUGGCCUCCAACUCUCUCAUGCACUCGGCUCUUACUCGAGAGAAGAGUGUCAAGUCAGCAGAUGAACUGAGGAGACGUGGAAGUGUGGACGAGCGAACAUCUACCCUUACCUCUGGCCGCCUUUUCAUUGCCAACCCUGAUUAAGGUGGAAUAUUCACGCGACACAAACUCCAACUGGCUAUAAACCACUAUAUCAUGACACCAUGAGCCAAGAGGAGGCUACUUUUCUCCAUCAUUCGUUACAGUACACUUCGUAUCAGGAGGUGGCUUGCAUUGGUCGGCGUUCCAGCAUUGUUUUACUGCUUGCUUUUCUACACUACCUAUCGUUUUCAGGGACGUCACACCCUACGAAUUUCCUUUUCCAAUCUCUCGCUAUUAUCAUCUCACACCUCUUGAAUGGUCGAAGUGUGCAUCUGGAGCGGGGACUCCACUGUCGUUGACUGACAUACCGAUAAUGUUUGAAGAAGAUACCUCUGCCCUCUGCUAUAGCCAGGAUUCAAGAUAAAAGCAUGCUUAAUACCACCUCAUGAUCUCAACUGAGAACAAGGGGGAUUCAAAUAACCAUGACAGUUCUGUGCCUGACUCCCUGUGAAGUUGAAUUUUCUGUGGAUCUAAUUAAGAUCGGCUCCCUCUCGUGUUAUCCAUAUCUGGUAAACUCUUAUGUAUGUCAGGGCUCCAGUGACGUUACCGUCCACUUGGUUAUCUGGUCGUUUCACUCUGGUCCCUUAGCGGCACCAAUCGUUCAUUCUCGGUUGCUGUUACGAGAUCGGGCCCCCUUAAUGAUAUCACUGGGGAUCCCCAUGUUGGAUGUGGAUGGCAAUUUGUCGAAAUUGGCAUGUCGAUCGUCGAACUAGCAGGUUAGCCGCAAGCGGUUGAGGCGUUCAGGCUGCCACGCGGAGCACAGCCACAGAGACCCUGGAAACAAGCAUAGCC